AUGGCUGCUCGUCCUUCCAACAUCGGUAUCAAAGCCAUUGAGCUUUACUUCCCCAGCCAGUGCGUUGACCAGGCUGAACUCGAGAAGUUCGAUGGCGUCUCUCAAGGCAAAUACACCAUUGGUCUCGGCCAGACCAAGAUGUCCUUCUGCGACGACCGUGAGGACAUUUACUCCCUCGCCCUGACCACCGUCACCUCGCUCUUCAAGAAGUACAACGUCGACCCCAAGAGCAUUGGCCGUCUCGAAGUCGGUACCGAGACUCUGCUCGACAAGUCCAAGUCCGUCAAGUCUGUGCUCAUGCAGCUUUUCGAGGAAUCUGGCAACUACAACAUUGAGGGUGUUGACACCGUCAACGCAUGCUACGGUGGAACCAACGCUCUCUUCAACUCCGUAAACUGGAUGGAGUCAUCGGCCUGGGACGGCCGUGAUGCCGUUGUCGUUGCUGGAGACAUUGCGCUGUACAAGAAGGGCAACGCCCGCCCGACUGGUGGCGCUGGAUGUGUUGCCAUGCUCAUUGGUCCCAACGCGCCCAUUGUCAUGGAUGCUGGCCAGCGUGGCUCUUACAUCAGGCACGCAUACGACUUCUACAAGCCUGACUUCACCAGCGAGUACCCCGUCGUUGACGGUCACUUCUCCGUUCGCUGCUACACCGAGGCUGUCGACGCCUGCUACAAGGCCUACAACGAGCGCGAGAAGACUCUCAAGUCGCAACAAAACGGAAACGGUGUCAACGGCAGCCAGGAGCUCGAGACGGCUCUCGACCGCUUCGACUACAUGGCUUUCCACGCCCCCACCUGCAAGCUUGUAGCCAAGUCGUACGCGCGUCUGCUCUACAACGACUUCCUUGCCAACCCUUCCAACCCCAUCUUCGCCGAGGUUCCCGCUGAGCUCCGCGACCUCGACUACGCCACCUCUGUCUCUGACAAGACUGUAGAGAAGGUCUUCAUGGGUCUCGCUAAGAAGCGCUACGCGUCUCGCGUCCAGCCCAGCAUCCAAGUCCCCACCCAGUGCGGUAACAUGUACUGUGGUAGUGUCUACGGUAGCUUGUGCAGCUUGCUCGCCAACAUCAGCAGCCAGGACCUCGAGGGCAAGCGCAUCGGCAUGUUCAGCUACGGAAGUGGUCUGGCCUCCUCCUUGUUCUCCUUCACCGUCAAGGGCAGCACCGAGAACAUUGCCAAGCAGCUUGACAUCCAGAACCGUCUCGAGAAGAGGCGUGUAGUCGCCCCUGAGGUCUACGAUGAGAUGUGCAACCUCCGUGAGCAGGCUCACCUCCAGAAGGACUUCACUCCCAAGGGAAGCGUUGACACCAUUGUUCCCGGCACCUACUACCUUACCGGCAUCGACAGCAUGUUCCGCCGCUCCUACGAGGUCAAGCAGUAG